AUGAACAAGGAGCAGAAUAUCCCGGAUGACGAAGAAUUCGAACAUCAUCUAUGCGAGGCGUUAGAGGUUGAUGGAGUGAAGUCAUAUUCAAAAGCUCACUACUGGCAAUUGAAGAGUGAUCUGAAUGUUGCGUCGGUUCACAUCCAGGCUACUCCGGAGGCGAAUGCGCAGCUGAUUCGACAUAAGGUGGCAGCGCAACUGAGAGCAGCUGGUGCUACGCAGUGUUCUGUGCAGGUGGAGAAGGACUUCUUCACUCAACGAAUUCAACAGCUGUGCCCGUCUUACAGAUUUGGCCACAACGUGGCUCGAGGGACAACCAUUGCUCGUGAACGGAAGUCCCACUCGAAUCAUGGCCAUGGUCAUUCCCACAACGGUCACGAUCAUGGGCAUUCUCAUUAG